UUCCCAACACUUUAAAGUCAUCUAGAGAGAGAAAGUGAGAGAAAAUAAGAGAGAUCUCCAACUUGAACUUGAGACACCAUUGAUUUCAUUUUCAGCUUUAUAAAAUAUUUUUGGAGUCAACGAAAAUAUCUAAGAAGAAGCAAACACCAAGAGAUUUUGUGUUGGGUCAUCAUCUUGUCAAGAAAAUCACUCAUCAGAUCCAUAGAAAAAGGUUGAAUACUUUUUGAAAGAUCUUGAAUUGGUUCAUCCUCUUGUCAAAAAGAUAUGUCAACGAGGGCGAGCACUCACCAAGAACCAGCAGAGAACGGAGCUAGUGGUUCAGACAACAACAACAACAACAACUUCAACUCGGCGAUGAGAGAGCCCAUGUUCGAGAAAGUGCUUACACCAAGCGACGUCGGGAAACUAAACCGGCUCGUGAUUCCAAAGCAACAUGCAGAGAAUUACUUCCCGUUAGAGGACAAUCAAACCGGCACGCUGUUGGAUUUCCAAGACAAAAACGGCAAGAUGUGGAGGUUCCGUUACUCGUAUUGGAACAGUAGCCAGAGCUACGUGAUGACCAAAGGAUGGAGCCGUUUUGUCAAAGAGAAGAAACUCAACAACGGAGACACCGUCUCGUUCCACCGUGGCUACGUGCCCAACGACAACGAACCGGAGCAACGAAGGAACAUAUUGUUCAUCGACUGGAGGAAUAGAUCAGACACAAAUCUCUUACACAACAUUAAUCAUCAUCACCACCCGAUCUUGGGGCCUCCUCCUUAUCCAACGGCUAGUUAUUAUCCUGUGACAGAAUAUUCCAUGCCGCAUUACGGGAGGUUUCCAUCUUUAUAUCAUAACCAGUUUUUAGGGUAUGGUUAUGGACCUUAUGGUAAAACUGUUACUGGAGGGCGUUACUACGCGGGAUCACCAUUGGAUCAUCAUCAUCGGUGGAAUCUUGGUAGAUCUGAGCCGUUCGUUUAUGACUCCUGUCCUGUUUUUCCAACGACGAGUUUGACUUCGUCCUUGGCGAUGUUGCCGUCUUCUUCUCCUUCUCAGCCGCCGCAGGAGGGCACGGCCAAGAAGCUAAGGCUGUUUGGGUUCGACGUAGAGGAGUCUUCUUCUUCAGGGGAGGCACGUGCCGAAAUUGGUGUUGCUGGGCACUCUUCAUCUUCUCCGGUUGUGAUUAGAGAUAAUGAAUCAUCAUGGAGGUCGCCACGUGGAGAAAUGGGUGGAUUGUCUUCUUCGGUUGUGAACUUAAGCGAUGACGAAGACUACAAAAGGAAAGGGAAGUCUUUAGAAUUUUAGACAGAUAAUUUCAUUUAUGUUCACCU